AAGAAAGACCAUUGAGUGAAUUUAAAUAUGGAAGCUGAGCAAAAUGUAACGAAAAAUGACAUGGAUGAGGAGUUUAAUGAAUUUUCGAAGAAAAUCAAUUGUUUCGUCGUCGUCAAACUGCCCUAUCACGAGCGUUGCGAUUUUUUCCAUAAUAGCACAUGCCUUGCGAAGGAAUCAAAUAUCUGGCCCUAUAUGCACUUUAUUGCCUGCCAUUUCCAGUGCCGCAAUCAAUUCGAAGAGCUCGUCAUAAUGGCUCUGCUCGCGCUGGUCAUGUUUGGACUUUUGGUGUGCGUGAAUCAUGUAGUGGAUAAGUACUACACUCCGGGCUUGCAGCGCUGCGCGAAGCUGAUGCAUCUAAGCGAACAUUUGGCUGGAGUAACCAUUUUAUCCAUAGGCAAUGCUUUGCCAGAAAUGCUGAGCGGUCUCGUGGAAGACUCCACUGAGCAGCCCGUCUUGGCCAACUAUUAUUCCCGAGCGCUUUUCAUAAGCCUAUGCUCGAGCGGAAUUAUAAGCCUUAUUAGCCCAUUCCGCAUGAAUAUUCAGGGCACAACUAGAGAUACUCUCUUCUUUAUGUUUGGCGUAUUAAGUGUUGAUUAUUUGCUACAGACAGAUGGAGAUUUGGAGGUUGUUGAAUGCUACUGUUUGAUUUUUAUAUACUUUUCAUAUAUGCUUGUCAAUGUGGUCGACUGGGUACUAAUGCGGCGUUAUAUGAAAUCCAUUUGGAACAAGCUGGAGUUGCUAUCGGACAAGGGUGCAACCCGUGAAAGUGAGAAGCUGCGUAAAAUAUAUGAAAAUCUUGCGCUUGAUGCAGAAAUGGGGUCGAGCAAUCGCAAUAGGCAGCUUGGACGACAUCAGUCUUCACUGCUCACCCACCGACAACAUGUCCCCUCGAUUGUACGUCGCCAGGUCUGCUGUGAUAUGAGACAUGGUGGGAAUCGAAACCUCUUUAAGGAUUUUUUUGCAUCCCUCACGCCCAUCAAAGGCGCUGAAUGGCGUGAUGCUCAAAUGGUAACACGCUUCUAUUAUAUAGCCAGAGCACCCGUUGUGGUGCUUACCGCUUUAUUCAUACCGCUGGUAGACUAUGAUAUAGACAGGCGAGGAUGGAGUAAGCUGCUCAACUGUUUGCAGAUCAUUAUUACGCCAGCAGUCACUGUGAUUAUUCUCAAAUCCAUGCUGUAUAAUCCGGACUAUACCGAGUUCUGGUACUUUAAUGUAAUGACUGACUACAUCUACGGCGUGUAUACAAUGGUGUUUACCACGCCUUUGGCUUUACUAGUCUUCAUCAACUCACGCACCGAUACGGCGCCGUGCUUUCAUUAUCUCUUUUCUAUAAUGAAUCUAACGGCCUCCGUAAUAACCAUAUUUGUCUGUUCUGAGGAGAUUAAUCACAUACUGCAUGUCAUUGGCGCCACAAUGAAGGUUCCGCUUGACUAUAUGCAAGUUACAAUUUCAGCCAUUGCCUCUGGCUUGGGUGAUGUGGUGGCUAACUCAGCACAAGCCAACGCUGGGUAUGAACGCAUGGCUUAUGCUGCUUGCAUCGGCGGGCCCUUUAUAACGGUUGUCCUCGGCACUUCCUGCAUUUGCAUAAACUCUUCAGUCAGAGGCAUACAUUUGAACCGAAAUGCUUUAAUUGGCGAGUAUGGCCUCAGUUCGUUCUUUUUCUUGUGUAUGGGACUAUUUACAACCCUGCUGUGGUCGUCUACAUUGAAUUGGCACACACGCCGCUCCAUUGGCGUAUUCUCCUUACUCGUCUAUGCGCUUUUCUUGAUCACUACUUUUCUCAUCAAACGUGGCAUUAUGCAUUCGUUUACCCCAGAUAGUAAAGUGACAGAUACCUACAUGGACUAAGUAGUCGGAGUCGAUGAAGUUAGUAGAAGAAUAAGCAUACUAAACUGUAAUCAUCAAUUUGAUAAUAAACAA